AUGGAGGAAGCCUUGUUGCCCCUGGUGGUGACCUCUGACCCCAGGGCCUUUAACCAACAACUCCUCGAGCCUCCAGACCCAAGAUGUGUCUUAGAACCCCAGGACAGUCCUGAACUGGCGCCCACACUAGUGUGUGCCCUUUGCUGCUGCUUUGGAAUCAUCUACUGCUGCUUUGGCUACCGCUGCUUCAAGGCCGUGAUGUUUCUCUCGGGCCUGCUGUCGGGAGCCCUGGUGAUCUUCCUGUUGUGCCACAAAGAGCGGGUGUUGGAGACACAGCUGAGCCUGGAGGUGAGCGCAGGCAUUGCGCUGGGCAUUGGACUCCUCUGCGGCCUGGUCACCAUGCUGGUUCGCAAUGUUGGUCUCUUUCUGACUGGUCUCCUACUAGGCCUGACCCUAGGAGCUGGGGCCCUGUUGGGCACCGAGCCCAUCUACCAGCCGCCUUCAGCCUGGGUCCCAGCAGGAGGCCUGGUGGGGCUAGCACUGCUGGGAGCCCUGCUCAUGCUUCGGUGGCCACGCCCAUUCACAGUUCUCAGCACAGCCUCACUGGCUGGUGUAGUACUGGUGGCCUGUGCUGACUUCUCCCUAGAGGGGCUGGCACUGUGCAGUUAGCUAAGCCAAUGGCUGCAGGCACUUCCAGCCCUGCCUCCUCUCUGCUGGUAUAGCUGGGUCUUCCUUGGAUCCUGGCCCCCCCUAGGGGCACUUGGGGCUCAUGGGUAA